AUGGAGACGGCAGCGGCCGCGGCUCCGGGCCCCGGCUGGGCCGCCGAGGGGGAGCGGCGGCGGCGGCGCUGCUCGCGCCGAGACCGAGACCGAGAGCAGCGGCGCCGCCGAGGUCCCGGCGGCGACGCGCCCCGGGCCCUGUUGGCCGCCCCGCGCGGCUCCUCGUCCUCGUCGUCGCCGCCGCCGCCCGCCAGGCCCUGGUCGUCAGCCUCGUCUGGAGAGCGACCUGGAGGCCCGAGACGGCGGCGGCCGCGUCCCAGGCCUCGGCCCCCGCGACCUCGAGCUCGGAAGCGGCCUGCCGGCUCGGGCAGCCGCGGGGAGGAGGAGGAGGAGGAGGAAGAGGGGGGCGCAGACGACGGGGAGGCCGAGGAGGAGCCUGAGGAGGAGGAAGAAGAGGAGGAGGACUUGAUCGAUGGCUUCGCCAUCGCCAGUUUCGCCAGCCUCGAGGCCUUGCAGAAGGAUGCGUCUCUUCAGCCCCCAGAACGACUGGAACAUCGGUUGAAGCAUUCUGGGAAGCGGAAGAGGGGGGGCUCCAGUGGGGCCACUGGGGAGCCAGGGGACAGCUCUGAUCGGGAACCUGGCCGGCCCUCUGGGGAUCGGGCUCGAAAAUGGCCCAAUAAACGGAGAAGGAAAGAGGCCUCCUCCCGUCAUUCUGUGGAAGCUGGAUACAUAUGUGAUGCAGAAAGUGAUCUGGACGAGAGGGUCUCCGAUGAUGACCUCGACCCAUCCUUUACUGUCUCAACCAGCAAAGCCUCGGGCCCCCAUGGCGCCUUCAAUGGGAACUGUGAAGCAAAACUCUCCGUAGUCCCUAAAGUGUCGGGCCUGGAGCGGAGCCAGGAACAGCCCCCAGGGCCCGACCCGCUGCUAGUGCCUUUCCCCCCGAAGGAACCACCGCCUCCACCGGCCCCUCGGCCUCCUGUCUCACCCCCUGCACCCUUGCCGGCCGCCCCCAGUCUGCCACCCCCACCCCAGCCCCAGCUGCAGCUUCGGGUCUCGCCCUUCGGCCUCCGCACUUCUCCCUAUGGCAGCAGCCUGGACCUCAGCACUGGCAGCUCUUCACGGCCGCCCCCCAAGGCCCUGGCCCCUCCCGUGGCUCAGCCUCCCCCCUCAUCAUCCUCUUCGUCCUCUUCCUCCUCAUCUGCCUCCUCCUCGUCCGCGCAGCUCACCCACCGGCCCCCGACGCCCUCACUGCCCCUGCCUUUGUCCACCCACGGCUUUCCUCCCCCUGGGCUGCGGCCCCCCCCACCACCCCACCACCCCUCCUUGUUCUCCCCUGGCCCCACCCUGCCCCCACCCCCACCCCUGCUGCAGGUGCCAGGGCACCCUGGGGCCUCAGCUGCUAACGCCCUUUCUGAGCAGGACCUGAUCGGCCAGGACCUGAACUCUCGCUACCUGAAUGCCCAGGGUGGCCCCGAGGUGGUGGGGGCAGGGGGCUCGGCCCGGCCCCUGGCCUUCCAGUUCCACCAGCACAACCACCAGCACCAGCACACCCACCAGCACACCCACCAGCACUUCACCCCUUAUCCCCCGGGCCUGCUGCCACCCCACGGCCCCCACAUGUUUGAGAAAUAUCCAGGAAAGAUGGAAGGCCUUUUCCGGCAUAAUCCGUACACGGCCUUCCCUCCCGCAGUGCCCGGCCUACCUCCGGGUCUCCCGCCGGCUGUCUCCUUUGGCUCCCUGCAGGGGGCCUUCCAGCCCAAGAGCACGAACCCCGAGCUGCCACCACGACUGGGGCCAGUGCCAAGCGGGCUUCCCCAAAAGGGGACACAGAUCCCCGACCAUUUCCGGCCACCUUUGAGGAAACCAGGGAAGUGGUGUGCCAUGCACGUGCGCGUGGCUUACAUGAUCCUGAGACACCAGGAAAAGAUGAAGGGCGACUCCCACAAGCUUGACUUUCGGAACGACCUCCUGCCCUGCCUUCCGGGGCCCUAUGGGGCCCUGCCCCCUGGGCAGGAGCUCUCCCACCCGGCCUCCCUCUUCACUGCGACUGGUGCCGUCCACGCUGCAGCCAACCCUUUCACGGCAGCUCCCGGGGCUCACGGACCCUUCCUGAGCCCCAGCACCCACAUUGAUCCCUUUGGACGUCCCACAAGCUUCGCCUCCUUGGCUGCCCUCUCCAACGGGGCCUUUGGAGGCCUGGGCAGCCCCACAUUCAACUCCGGCGCCGUCUUUGCCCAGAAAGAAAGCCCAGGGGCCCCACCAGCCUUCGCCUCCCCCCCAGACCCAUGGGGCCGCCUGCACCGCAGUCCUCUGGCCUUUCCUGCCUGGGUCCGGCCCCCUGAGGCCGCCCGGACACCAGGCUCAGACAAGGAGCGGCCUGUGGAGCGGAGGGAGCCCUCUAUCACCAAGGAGGAGAAAGACCGGGACCUCCCCUUCUCACGGCCCCAGCUCCGAGUUUCUCCUGCUACUCCCAAGACCCGCACUGGCGAGGAAGGGGCCAGGCCAGCCAAGGAAUCGGUGCGGGUGAAGGAGGAGCGGAAGGAAGAGGCUGCUGCUGCUGCCGCCGCCGCUGCCGCCGCCGCCGCCGCUGCCGCCGCCGCUGCUGCUGCCACCACUGGGCCUCAGGGUCUUCACCUGCUGUUUGAGAGGCCCCGGCCACCCCCCUUUCUGGGCCCUAGCCCUCCAGAGCGCUGUGCUGGCUUCCUGGAGCCUACCUGGUUGGCAGCACCGCCUCGCCUUGCCAGGCCACCCCGUUUCUAUGAGGCGGGUGAGGAGCUGACUGGACCAGGGGCCGUGGCCGCUGCCCGCCUCUACGGUCUAGAGCCUGCCCAUCCCCUGCUAUACAGCCGCUUGGCCCCUCCACCGCCACCUACUGCGGCCCCAGGAACCCCUCACCUCCUCAGCAAGACCCCACCAGGAGCCCUUUUGGGGGCACCGCCUCCACUUGUCCCUGCCCCCCGGCCCAGUUCCCCACCUAGGGCCCCUGGCCCAGCCCGGGCUGAGAGGUGAGGGGAGGGGAGGGGCAGGGGCAAAGCUCCAUCCCCCUUUCCUUUCGACAAGGUCCUAGAGCUGAGGUUUCAAGUCAGGGCUGGAGGGCAAAAGAUUAGGACCUCACCAGCCACACCUCUGAGGUCAUGAAACUUGGGAGCAGAAGUCCCAACCCCCGAGAGAUCAAGCAUCAGGUGGACCUUGGGGGUCAUUGGGAGGGCAGAGGUCACAAGCCUCUAGAGAGGGGGCUGUGUGUGCGUGCGUGCGUGCUUUCGUGUGUGCAUGCAUGUGCAUGCGCACACGCACACACAAGAGGGGGUCAUUUCAGCGGUCAUAGCUCAUGAUCUCCUGAGGUGCACCAUCACCCCCUCUGAGGGUCCCUAGGCCCUUGGCCUGCCUCCCCAAGGGCUCACUAAGCCAGAGGCCAAAGUGCCCCCCAUUCCCCUUCACCUACCACCCAAGUCCUCAUGCCCUCUCAGGGCUGGGGGAGGAGGGGCUAAAGGAAGGGGGGUUCCAUGUACAUAUUUAUCUCCCCUUCCACAUAGCCCCCCCAGACCUUUUGUACAUUUUUACAGGGGUGCCCCUCCCAAUAAUCCCCCUUCCUGGUUAAUUAAAUCCUCAGACUGGUGCUGUGUUCCUAGCCUCUGGCCUCUCUGUGGGGGGAGGAGGGAGGGUUACAGGGGGAAGAGCUGGAAGGGGACAGGCAGGAACCCAGGGUUUACCCCUAGGCAUAUGGGGUCCAGCAGGAGAUAGGACCAACAGGUGAAGGGACCUUGGUACCUAGGCUGGAAAGAAGUGCAGAUGCUUCCUGCUUGGCUGACAACCCAGGUUACCCCCCACUUGUUCCUGUUACCUCUUUAUGCUCUCAUCCCCAAAAGGCUUCAACCUCUAAGCUUCAGACUCCACCUCUUAGUGGCUCAGUCCCUCAUUCCAUUUCCAAGUGCCCCCAGGACUCCUGGGCCCUGCUCUCCAGAACCCUGUUACCCAAAACCUUGACCCAGGCUAAUGGGGGGCCAGAGAAGGCCACCAUGUACCACACACCAAAGAAGGGGGUCGGCCCGGGGGUGGGCCACACAGGCAGCUUCCUCAGCAGCCUAAUGGCAGCAGCCCCAGCCUUCCCAAAGCAGCAGGUGCCCCCAGGCUGGGGCCCAACCUAGAAGGCAGGGGUCAGAUUAACAAAAACAUAACGUUGACUUUUUUUCCCCGGUGGGGCUUAUUCUGUAACAUGACUUGCGGAUAUUUAUAUAAAAAUGAGUGUUACAAUGAGGCCCCUUGGCUCCUCUUUCAGUGUGUGCGGGUCACCUGAGGGGGAGG